AUGGUCGGCUUUUUAUUAACUAGGAGAAACAGAAAAUGCGAUCGGAAGCAUCCCUGUAGCAACUGCACCAAACGCGAGGGCACGGACACGACGGCUUGCUCAUAUGCAGCACCUUCGUCACGCAAGAAGAGCCAAAAUCAAGUCGAUUCCAGCCCUGGUGACAUGCAAAGCCGGAUAGACCGGCUCGAAGGCCUGGUAUUGCAAUUAGUGCACAACGUCACGAGUGCGAACACGGACGGUGCCCGCAACAGUAUUUCAACUUCUCACUCCGUUGCAGGCAGUGGCUCCUCAGCUCAGCAACAAGUUCGUGAUGGGGAAGCUAGCAUGGCCGAUGACGACAGCGAUGUGGAUGAUCAUCUCGCCAAAUCCAUCGGUUUUCUCAAGGUCGAUGCUGAGAAAGGCAAGUCGAUGUAUAUUGGCCAGGAACACUGGCAUUUGAUCCUCUCCGAUAUUGCAGAGGUCAAAAACUAUUUCACCAGUCACAGGAAGGAGCUAGAGACAAGCUACGAAAAGGUGAAGUCAUCAAAACCCGCCUUGGCCAAGGGGGGGCCAACCUUGCUGCUAGGCGCACAUCCUGCUUCCGAGGAAGAACUUAGAGCAGAGCUCCCACCCCAGUCAAGUGUACUUGCAUUAUGCAGCAGAUACUUCAACUCCAUGGAAAGCGCCGUCGGCAUCAUCCACAGCCCUACCUUCUUGCAACAGCUUCGAAAUCACUGGCAGGAUCCGUCGAAAACACCCAUCAUGUGGCUAGGCCUGCUGUACUCGAUACUUUGUCUUGCCAUGUUAAGCUAUCACAAAGUUGGCGACGAACCUGCAGAGUGGCAAGGCCAUACACUGGAGCUUGCUGCCGAAUAUCGGUUACGGACCGUGCAGUGUCUGAUGAUAGGCGACUAUACCAAGCCAGUGGAAUAUACUGUAGAGACGAUGUUGCUCUACGUUUUUGGCGAGUAUACCACCAGGUGGGAUGCUGAUAUCGGCCUGUGGAUGAUAGUGUCAUUGAUUAUUCGAACAGCCUUUCGCAUGGGCUAUCACAGAGAUGCUAAAUGGUUUCCAUCUCUCACCCCAUAUCAAGCGGAAAUGAGACGGCGAACCUGGGCUGUGGUCCGCAUGAUAGAUGUUGCAUUUUCUCACCAAGUAUCGCUACCUAGCAUGAUUUACGAUCACGACUGCGAUACUCAACUCCCAACCAACAUCUACGACGACGAAUUCAAUCUUGAAACCAAGGAAUUACCUCCUUCUCGUCCAAGUACUGACGCAACCCCCGUCUCACACAUGAUUGCAAAGGCAAGAUUAUGUCAUGAAUUGGGGAAUGUUCUUCAGGCGACCAGCAGAGUGUAUAAAGGUGUUCCGUAUGAUGAAAUCAUCCUCUUUGACGCCAAGUUGAGACGGAUUAUGCAGGAAUUGCCCCCGCAUCUGAAACUGGGCUCGUUGGCCAGCUCGCGGGACACUGUACCGACAAUAGUAGCAAAGUUCAGCCUUGACAUUCUGUAUCAGAAGAUCAUGUGUCUCCUACACCGAAAGUACAUGGCAAGAGCUCGGCAGAAUCCUCGUUAUUCGCACUCUAGAAGAAGUGCAAUCGAGGCGUCCCUGCAAGCCAUGGAACAUAUGCAAACCCUGCACCGCGAAUCCCAAGCCAAUGGCCGACUGCGGACCGUCGCUUGGUACGUCAAUUCUAUCGCAACCAGGGAAUUUAUUCUGCCAGCUAUGCUUAUCGUUCUGGACCUUCACUAUGACAACCUGGCCGAGCAAUCUGGGCCGCCUGACGAUGCAGAGGGAGCAUUCCGUUGGUCGCCUGAGCAGCGAGCCAAAAUGAUGAGCUCGCUGGAAGAUGCAGCCAUGAUUUGGAAAAGCCUUGCAGAUGGGUCGAUGGAGGCCUUCAAGGGGUGGAAAACGGUGGAAAUCAUGCUUCAAAAGCUCAAGGAACCAAUUCACAGCAGCAAGUCCACCGAAUCCAUCAAUUUCGUCGCCGAUUCCAUGGUCACACUCGCAUCAAGUGCAGCAGCACUCGACCCGACCACGCUGUCACCGAAACCAGCACAUGCCCCGACUGGCGGACUGGGCGACUUCAAAACAGAGUUGAGCCCGUUCAUGAAUAGUAACAGCAGCGCUUUCAUGGGCAUGGAGUUCAGCCUCCCAGCCCCAAAUUUUGGCGAGGGCACUGCUGAGGGGAUGAACCCCCAGUUGCCCUUAUCCAUCUUUACCGACACCGAGCCGAAUCUUAAUAAUAGCUUUGACUGGGGCGCGCUUGAAAACUACACACAACUGGCCAACUGGGGUGCCGAUCAAAGCUUUCAAAUAUACGGGGAUGGUGACGUAAAAGACCAAGAGGCGAAUAUGAUGAAUACGCAGUGA